AUGGCCUCCGCGUACGUCUCCCGAAAUUUCCCCUUCUCCCAGCAAAUUCCGCAUCUUAGAAGCGACUACGGUGUGAGCGACACAGCUGAUUCGGAUUGCUUGACAGAUUGGCAGCGCAAUGGCGCAACUUUUGGCACACAAUGACCUCCAACGACCGUCACGCCGGGCCCAACGCCGGCUACCACAACGGCCAGCGUCUCCCCGUCUCCCAAUCCAAGAAGAACUCUCUGACAGGGGUCAACACGAGCGCCCUCGAAUCGAGAACAGACCUCGACCUAGAGGCCGGCAAUGGCUUCGUCAGCCACAACACCGCCGGCACAACGAGCCCGCCGUACUCGCCCCAGGCGCGCCGCAGUUUGACGAGACAAAGUUCUGCGCUCGACGGCAAAAUGGAGUCCAUUGGCGCGGGUGAGAUUCAGAUGCAAGCCUUCACCGACGGUCUGCCGCCUCCUCCACCCGUGAGCCAUUCCUGGAAGCGCAUCGAUAGGUGGCUGGAAGACAACUACGAAGAGCUCUUUGAGAACAUCGGACAGGGUUCUACGAUCAACGAUGUCAACGAGCUGGAGGCGGAACUGGACUGCACAUUACCACAAGAGGUACGGGAGUCGUUGAUGGUACACGACGGGCAAGAGCGGGGCGGUCAGCCGACGGGCGUUAUAUUCGGGUGCAUGCUUCUAGACUGCGAGGAGAUUCUGCAGGAGUGGAAGCAGUGGCAGACUGUCAACGACUCCUACCUGAGCGAUUUCAAGUCCUACGAGAUCCCGCAGGCUCCUCUGAAGGCAUUUGCGGGUUCCUCGUCAUCUGCUGCGGUCCCCCUGGCGCAAGUAUCCCAAGCCGGCAACUCUCAGUGGCGGUCCGAGCUGCUGGACAAGCAAGAGUCUCAGCCUCCGAAUGCGGUUCAGAAGUCAUACGCGCACCCAGCAUGGAUCCCACUGGCACGAGACUGGGGUGGAAACAAUAUCGCGGUGGACCUGGCGCCGGGACCCACGGGUAAGUGGGGACAGAUAAUCCUGAUGGGGCGCGACUACGACUGCAAGUAUGUCAUCUCGCGUUCUUGGUCGGCCUUCCUGGCCACCGUGGCAGAUGAUAUGAGCACGGAUAAGUGGUUCAUCGAUGAAGACACCAAGGAGCUGAAGUUGCGGGAGUUCAAGCAACAGGGCGUGGAGCCAGCAUACAUUGACAUUCUGCGAUGGAGAUCGGACCAGAAGUAUGGACGACGAGCACCCAAAAAGAGACCAUUGCGAAUCAACCCGAAUGCGUCGCCCGGUGCCAGCGGAUUCUCGCCGUACGGAUCGCCCACGAAAGAGGACCGAGGACGAUCGCCGCACCGAUACUCGAAUGGAAAGGCACCGGCACAUGCAACGUCAAGUCCUCGGGCACACAUUGGCAGUCCGCUUGCUCGAGUUGCGGAGGAAAACUCGCCGGUGCAGCCACUCACUGUCGACACCAGCGUCGGACCUGCGGAUGAGCAGUUGAUUUCGGCAAUCGACACACCCGGCGGAUCGAAAGCUGCCAAGGGCGAGAAGCUGGUUGCGGUUGACAGUCCGAGGGCGAUGUCCGAUGAUGGUCAAGAGGAACGACGCGGCAGUGUACCAUUCCCGAAGAGUCGACUGGGCAGCACCAUGAUGACGAGUGACGAAGAGACAUCUCCAUUGGCGUCGGCGUCGGCGGGUGCUCAAGACGCAUCGCUGGAGAAUGUGGAGGAGGAGAUGAAGGAUGUGAAGAUAUAG